UGGACUCUUGGGUCACCUGCUGUGCUGGAGUGAGACAAGGCACCCCUGGGAAUCUGCAGGCUUUGCUUCCCCCGUCAGGACUCACCCGUCAACCGCCACCAUGCCUUUCGGAAACACCCACAACAAGUGUAAGUUGAACUACUCGGCGGAGGAGGAGUUCCCUGAUCUUUCCGGUCACAAUAACCACAUGGCCAAGGCUCUCACCUUGGAAAUAUACAAGAAGCUGCGUGAUAAGGAGACCUCCACCGGCUUCACCCUGGAUGACACCAUCCAGACAGGCGUUGACAACCCAGGCCACCCCUACAUCAUGACUGUGGGCUGCGUGGCUGGCGACGACGAAAGCUACGUAACAUUCAAGGACAUUUUUGACAUCGUCAUCUGUGACCGUCACGGAGGCUACAAACCCACCGACAAGCACAAGACUGACCUGAACCACGAAAAUCUGAAGGGUGGUGAUGAUCUGGACCCCAACUAUGUGCUCAGUAGCCGUGUGCGGACCGGCCGUAGCAUCAAGGGCUUCAGCCUGCCUCCCCACUGCAGCCGUGGAGAGCGCCGUGCUGUGGAGAAACUUUCCAUCACUGCCUUGAACAGCUUGACCGGAGAGUUCAAGGGCAAGUACUACCCCCUCAAGAGCCUGACCGAUGCAGAACAGCAGCAGCUGAUCGACGACCACUUCCUCUUCGACAAGCCCGUCUCCCCACUGCUGCUCGCUUCCGGCAUGGCCCGCGACUGGCCGGACGCCAGGGGCAUCUGGCACAAUGACAACAAGACCUUCUUGGUGUGGGUGAACGAGGAGGACCACCUCCGGGUCAUCUCCAUGCAGAAGGGCGGCAACAUGAAGGAGGUCUUCCGGCGUUUCUGUGUGGGCCUGCAGAAGAUCGAGGAGAUCUUCAAGCAAGCUGGCCACCCGUUCAGCUGGAACGAGCACUUGGGCUACAUCCUGACCUGCCCCUCCAACCUGGGCACCGGCCUGCGUGGUGGUGUCCACGUCAAGCUGCCUUGUCUCAGCAAGCACGCCAAGUUCGAAGAGAUUCUCAAGCGCCUCCGUCUGCAGAAACGUGGCACAGGUGGCGUGGACACCGCAGCAGUGGGCGCUGUUUUUGACAUCUCCAAUGCUGACCGCCUGGGCUCCUCUGAGGUGGAACAAGUGCAACAGGUGGUGGACGGCGUGAAGCUCAUGGUGGAGAUGGAGAAGAAGCUGGAGAAGGGGCAGGCCAUCGACGACAUGAUCCCUGCCCAGAAGUGAGAGGCUGUACACCGCUACGCCACCCUGGGUGGACUGGGGCCUGAACUCCAGGGGUGACCCCAACCCCGCCACUUGCCGCGCCAACUCCUGGCACUCUCCUCUCCUCCCCCAAGGAGAGCUGAGGGCUGGAGGCGGCUGCCCUUUGUCAGCUGGGAAGCUCUCAUCAUCGGAGCCACAGUGGAAGGAGUUAAUAAAGCUGAGGACUGGCCCCAGAGCCUUGCCUCCCUCCA